UCUGCCGCCUCUUGCUCACGCAGGGAACACUGCUUUCCUGCCAGAGAACUUGCAGUCAAUGAUCCCUUGUGCGUUGGCUCAAGGAAGCGAAAUUGGGUUCGGGACGGUAAAGGAAUGUGGGCUCUCUAGCAGCCGGCGAGCAGCACCUUUUACACAAGCAGGCAUCGUUGUCGUCGUCCCCGCCGUAUGCGCCGCCGGGGCAUUGACGACGUUCACAGUUGACAAGACUAUCAAACCAUCGCAAAGCUCACUCGCUCGGCGGUUCCCUGGCAGCGCUCUUGGGCCUACGAAUGCGCAUAACCACAAGCACAUCAGCAAUCACACACGAACAACAACAGAACACCGUGGUCGCCGACUCCGGACUCACCCCCGAAUGCAACGGUUUUCAUUUCAAUGCGGCGGAGGGCACUGGGGCGUGAAUGCUACCUCGCUGAGUGCCGGAUUUCAAUGGCCGGACCCAAGAUUGGGGCUCUAGGAAGCCGGGUCGGUCACAACUCCGUGAAGUAUGGAAACCCGGAGCGGUCUGCUCAUGUCAAAUGGUUAUGCGACGAUGAUCUUUGAUAAGCGAUGUCAAGACCCCAGAACCAUUACACUAAGCAACAUUACGAGCACACAAAACCGAUAGAUUCAAUGUAUUGAGUACUAAUACUGAACGCUGAAUCGG